CAGAGAAGAACACAACUGGGAACAACAGGUCUCAUAUACCCACAUAUAUUUAACCAUGGAUACCAAAAUCAUUGAGAUGGCAGCCCUGGGAAGGGCCCUGUAUCCUGGCAUGCUGUACGACUGCCGCAAUGACUCUUUUAUUCCAGGUAUCACUUUAUGGGACAAGAAUGCAUUGCGUGAUGAUAUUGACGUGCUUGAUCAGACUAAAACAUUUGUCAAGCUUGCUGCCUCUGACAGUGUCAGCGAUAAGGCCAACCUUUUAAAUGUGAGCGCUUCCCUAAAAGCUAGUUUCUUAGGUGGAUUGGUGGAGGUUGGAGGAUCUGCUAAGUACCUGCAAGAUACCAAAUCCUCAGCACGUCAGUGCAGAGUUACUAUGCAGUACAGCCAGACAACAAAAUUUGAACAGCUCACUAUGAAGGAGCUCGGUAAUAUCGCCUAUCCAAAAGUAUUUGAACAGAAAACAGCCACUCAUGUAGUUACAGCUGUACUGUAUGGAGCUUCUGCUUUCAUGCUGUUUGAUUAUUCAAGUUCAGAAAGUGAGAACAAGCAGGAAAUUGAAGGAAGCCUUCAAGCAGUGGUCAAGAAGAUCCCUACUAUUUCAAUUGAGGGGCAAGCAUCUCUGAAGUUGUCCUCCGAAGAAAAGAAACUAGCUGAAAAUAUAAACGUCACAUUUUAUGGUGACUAUGAGCUUGAUGAAAACCCCACCACCUACACAGAGGCUCUGAGAGCAUGCAAGAAGUUGCCCGGUCUGUUGAAGGAUAGAAACAGUAAAGGUGUACCAGUGACUGUGUGGCUGUAUCCUCUCACACUUUUGGAUUCUAGGGCUGCUAAGCUGGUGAGAGAAAUCAGUUUGAGCCUGGUGUCUAAAACAGAAAGUGUGUUGGAGGAUCUCGCUGACGCAGAAAGAAAAUGCAAUGAUUUACUCAGAAACCCAAUUACAGCCAGUUUCCCUGAGCUAAACAAAAGCUUGGAACAGUUUAGGGAAUUACACAGUUUUUAUAAGAUUGCAUUACAAAAGUCACUGGUCAGCAUUUUGCCAAAUAUUCGGAGUGGAGCACUGGAGAACAAGGCACUGGGAGAUAUCCUGACCAACCAUGGCAUGACGCCCUUCACUGCUACCAACAUGAACAAAUGGUUAGAUGACAUUACAACUCAAUUAAAUGUGCUGACUUCGUAUACCAGUGCACUGAAGGAUGUCACAUUUGUGUCAUCUGAAAGAUUAUUUAAUUCCAUUCUCUAUGAUCCUAAUGUUGAUUCAGUGGUUAGCUUGACAUUUACAUCUCUAAAGAGUGAGGACCCCUAUCUUGUGGGUGUACGAAGCUUUGUAUACUCUGAUGCAUUGGCCAAUUUUGGACAACCAAUUACUAAAGCUUUCUCAUACCCAACAACACAGCCUUGGUUCACAUCUCUUGAUAUUUCAUCAAGGAUGAGGCAGAAUCUUACUCUCUUUACAAGUUUUUUCAAGACCAAUAUAAAUAAUAGCAGAAUCAAGUUUGUCGUUGCUUCCAUAUCUGACCCCAGCAAUCCAGGAACCUCCAUCCGACUUUAUCAGAGCAGCACUUUGAAAGAUCCUAAGUUCCAGCCUGUAUCCAAGCCUGCUGCACCUGUGGUGGGGACCAGUGAUGGGAAACCCCUUGUAACGCUUUCAAAAUCUCCAACCGGAGAGACUCGACAGUUCAUAAUUGAGUACAGGAAUACUCAGCCAACUGAUUCAGCAAGUGAUCUCGCCAUGUGGAAAGUCAUCAUGACUCCAGAUGCAAAUACCAGCUUUGCAUUUAGUGAUCUUAACCCAUUACAACAAUACUGGGUCCGAUACAGAGCUGUUGGCACUUUGGGAGUGAGUGAACCCAGUGACUAUCUUCAAUUCAGUUUUUCUGGGAUGCUCGAUUUCACAAUGAGCCAAUGGAACCUCUCCAUGCCUUCUCUGAUUAAUCAUAUAAGGACUAAAAUAAUGACCAAUAUGGGCUUCUCUCGAUGGUCUUCCUCUACUAUCAAGUCAGAGGUUUCAAAUAUUAUCAACAAUCCUAACCUUUCUUACGAUGGUGAAAUUCCUGGAGGCAUGAAAAUCGGAACAGCCUUGUAUUUCCAAGGCACUGCUCUUAAAACAGGAACAUCCUUUGAAAUGAAUGUUAGAGCCGGGUCAUGGUCAAGCGGCGAUUACACUUUUUUCGCAUAUUUUAAAUUGGGUGAGUCAAUGGCCUUCAACACCCGAAGGGGUCCGAAUUGGGAAGCAUCAGAAAACGUAUCAUCAUGUCCCAUUACCAAAGGAUCAGCUUUUGAUAUGUUUUUUGUGGUCAAACAAGAAGGCUGGGAGGUAAAUAUAAAUGGGCAGAAAGUUUAUCUGUUCAAGCAUCGCCUGCCAGUGGAAAAAGCGACUACACUAGGCAUUUUUGGAGACAUCGUCAUGAACACCAUGGGUACUGUUUCAAACUGGGGCAAUUCUACUUUUGGUAAGGAGCUAGCUCCUGGCAUUUCACGCACAGUGCUUUCUAACAUCCAGUCUGAUGUGCAGUAUCCAGUCAGCAACCCUCAAAAAAACUAUAAUGGCAAACUCCCAGUAGCUGUGAAGCCUGGUCUGGUUUUCUUCUUCCAAGGGGUUGUUCCUUCAGAUUUCAAAUGCUUUGCAAUAAAUUUCCUGGUGGGGAGCGACAUUGCUUUUCAAUUCCUAGCUCAAUCGAUCGGAAUGAUCUAUAACAGCUGCAGGAGUGGGAAUUGGGAAAACGCAAUACAAAUUAAAGGAAGCCCAUUUGUCAAAGGAUCAGCCUUUGAUAUCUUGUUCUUCAUUAAUUCAACAGGAUAUGAGAUAAUUAUCAAUGGCUUGCCAUUCUCUACAUUCGCCCACCGUAUGCCAGUAGAGAAUGUGAAUUUCAUUGAGAUCAAUGCAGAUGUCUUCAUGAACAACUUCUCGAUCAUUGACGUGGACAAGGUUAACAUAAAAGCAAAGAUUCCUGCCAAUGUUUGAGGACUUGAUCGUCCCUGAAGCACUGAGUACAUUUACGAGAUUGGUUUUGCUCUGUGCUCAAUAUAUCAGAAUUCAUGUAUCGUUUAUGAACACAAUUUACCUUGCAGCAUUCUCGUGGCGGCUUUGUUGCUUUUUACUGUUAGAAAUGAACAAGCGAAACAUUCUUUGCAACAGUUUUACAAUUCUAUCGUACAUCUUAUUUAAAUAAUGUAGAUGGUUUCCAUUAAUCUAUAUAUAUAUACACACACAGACACGUAAUGCUAAAAAAAUAAUGGCAGUAGUUUUUAGAUUAAUCCAUUUAAACCAAGAUUUUCUUAGAUUUUAGAUAAAUAUCUGGUGUAAUAGAGGUCUGUUAAACAUCACAAAAGUCUGCCAUGCUAAAUCUGUCAGAAAUGAGCAAGAUUAAAUAUUACUCGUAUAUUUUCUUGUCCCUUUGUACCUCUCACCAUAAACUAAGGUUGAACUUCUUCUUUUCUUCCUCUUUACUCCUUUACUAAUUCUUUGCAUCUUUUGCUGUUUAAAUUCCAUCUGAAAUGCUGUAAUACAAUUUCGGACCUGUAGAUGGCACUCAUUGCUCGUCCCUUAACAAAACAUUGCUCUAUAGGGAAUAUUCUAAAACAUUAUUGGUCACGUGUUUUAUUGUACGAAUAUGUUUUUUUUCUUUGUUAUUUUGAAUUAGAAAAAUUGUAACAGGA